AUGCCACCUCUGUCAGAUCUCAGAGCCAACACGUCGCUGAUGAUCGUUCAGAGCCACGUGAGCUUCAGUUAUCCCCGACCUCACUUACCCAAUGUGAUUGAGACCGGCGGAAUGCACAUCCAGCAACCAAAGGCACUACCACAGGACUUGAAGAAGCUAAUGGACAACGCAAAAGAUGGAGUAAUAUUCUUCAGCAUGGGAUCUCUCGUAAAGAGUGCGGAUUUUCCACAGGAGAGUAUUCAAGCUUUCCUCACAGUCUUCUCUAAACUGAAGCAACUGGUCCUGUGGAAAUGGGAGAACGACACCAUACCUGGAAAGCCAGAAAAUGUGCAUCUGGGCAAAUGGUUUCCACAGUCUGACUUGCUAGCUCACAAAAACGUACAGCUCUUCAUCUCCCACGGAGGACUGCAGAGCAGUUUGGAAGCGACCGCCCGGGGUGUCCCCGUUAUCGGAAUACCAGUUGGACCUGAACAGAGCUAUAAUGCCCGCAGAAUCGCCAACUUCGGAUACGGCAUCGUACUAGAUCUGCAAAACUUGACUGCCCAGUCCGUGGAGUGGGCUAUUUAUGAAGUUUUGAACAACCCAGUAUACCGCGAGAACGCGAAGCUGCGCUCCCGCCUUUUCUGGGACCGUCCGGAGAGCCCUGUGGAGACGGCCGUCUACUGGACGGAGUACGUGCUGAGGCACCGGGGCGCCCCCCACCUGCGCAGCGCGGCCCUCGACCUCAGCUGGUACCAGUACCUCCUGCUGGACGUCGCUGCCCUGCUGCUGUCUGGAGCGCUCCUAGUGCUUAUAGUCGCUGUCGUGGCAGUCAGGACACUCUACAGGCUAAUCACCGCAAGAACUUCUGCCCCACACGAGCAGAAGAAAAAGAAAACGAAGAAGGAAUGA